CGCAUCAGCAAUGACAGCAAUUCAGUUUGUACUGGCUAGUGCCUUAUGACGAGAUCAAAUUUUAAAAAUACAUUUCCAGGGUACUUUGAUUUUGCUAUUUGAUGGGCGAAGUAAGGUAAAUGUACUGUUAACAGUAAAUGACAAUUUCAUGUUGAACACGCAAAUCAGAUUAGAAAAAAUGUUUCAGGAACAUGAAUUUAGGAACAGGAACCGCCGAUGAUGGGCAGAUGCGAUACUGCCCCCGAUCAGGUCGCGACGGGAUCAGGUCGAGGCAAUGCCAGCGUAUAAUGGUUUUAAUCUGGUCGUUGGUGCUGUAUUUGAUGACUCUUUAACAAACAGCUGCUUGGUAAUUGAACUGAUACUAACUCUGAACCUUAUCCAGCACGAGAAACUAAUGUGUUAGAGAACGGGCGUGUCCUCUGAUGUCGCCUGACAGCCACUCUGCGAUUUCUCAACGUUUUUAUUAAGCCUGGAAUCCCCAGAAGAAUUAAAAUGAAAAGCAUGUACAAGUAAUUAGGCUGUACAAGAAGCAAAGAUGGUGAAGACAGAAUUAUAUAUGCAUAAAGAAAAACGGAUUCUCUAUAUCCCGAAAGAAACUCAAACUGUUAUCUCCGUCCCUUCUUUUGAAACUUGCUUAUCUACUAACUUGGUAUAACUUGAUCAUUUCGUCUGAUGUUUUGUCGAGAGGCAUUUUACACAAAAUUACUAUUUCCGUUAGUUUUUAUAAUAGCUUGACGUUAUAUCCGACCUUGUGUUUCCUUUCACCCUCGUUCAUCCUGUAAUUUAAAAAUGGGGAAGUCAUCAAACUCAUUUAAAGACUUUGGAUUUCCUGUUAAUGCCUGAACCCAUGGAGACAUUCCUCCGUGCUUUUAAAGAAGCCUCGUCGGAUCCCGGGAAUGCGGUCAGUUCACAUCGCGUGAGUAAAGUAGCUCCCAAAGUGGCGAGCGCGCACCUGAACGGGCAUCCGCGGCGCAACCGUGCACGCAGGGCACAUUCGCGCGCAUGCGCGCAAGCACCGGGGGAAUUUCCAGCAGGAUGUGAAGGCACUGGGCUGAACUAGACGGCGCGCUUAGUUGCGUGCGGCGCGCAUGAGACGGAGCGGCGCGCAUGAGACGGAGCGGCGCCCACGGGUACACCUGCUUGGAGCGCGAGGUCGGCGCAGCACUGCGCGCAGGGCACUGGAUCGCUGCUGUACACUGGGAUGUCGUGCUGAGCGGCUGCCCCAACAUCAUCCACUGACCCUGAGCCCAAAAUCCAGUGAACCCAGGGAGCCUUUCUUCGGCAAAACCCCAUCAUCCGAACCGUGGUGCUUCGGCCAGCAGGGGGAUUUGUAGUGAGGUCCCGGGGGGAAUGAGCGAGACUCCAGUGCCACCUGCCGCCCAUGGAAGUCAACUUGAGGGAGGGGCUCUUCCAGAAGUACGUGCAGUGGCUGGAACGGCGGCUGGACGAGGGGCUGCAGGAGGACGGGGGGGAGGAGGGGGCCGGCAGGCUGGGGGAGCCGCAGCUGCUGGCGGAGGCGGGGACCUUGCUGGCGACGCGCCUCCCAGAGCCAGCCCAGCGCUUCCGUGUGCUGCCCUUCUACCAGGUGGCAGAGAACGCGCUGAGUGGCCGCAGAGGGACGGGCCUGCAGGGGCUGGAGACUGCUUUCGGCAUGCUGGAGACCGUCUGCGUCAACCUGCUGCUCUUCCCCUGGAAGAAGGAGUUCCGCUGCAUCAAGACCUUCACAGGCCCCUACGUGUAUUACCUAAAGGAAGCGCUGUGUGAUGCGGACCUGCGCUGCCUGCUGCACUCCAUGGGCUACACACGGGAGCAGGAGCUGCGGCUGCGUGCCGGGGACCCCCCCGGGGGCACGGCUCAUCUGCGCCGGCUGGCCUUCGAGCUCUUCCUGGCGCGUGCAGAGUGCCGUUUGCUGAGUGAGGCAGCGGCCCGGCGCAGGGGCGCCAACGCGGAGGCGGAGGCCCUGGAAGCGAGGCGUGGGGGCGUGGAGGAGCUGGAGGUCAGGCGUGGGGGCGUUGGCAGGGAGGAAGGCCGUUGGCGGGCCCAUGCAGAGCGGGAUCGCGACAGGGAGCGGGCGUACCUGCGCAGGAGUGCCCGCGCAUCCCGCUCUGUGGACGUGGCAGACAGCAGUGGUAGCUGGCAGCCCCCCCCCCGGCCAGUGCUGCGUGCCUCGCUGAGCCUGCGCAAAGAGCCACGCUGCCUGGAGCCGGACACGGGCCCUGUGGAGCCUCCCCAGGCCGGCCCUCUGCCCGGGCGGCCCCGCCUACAGCCACGCACCCCUCCCGUCGCUGCUGAGCCCCCACAGGCCUUCACCCUGAGUUCCCUGGAUGAGCCGGACCUAUACAUAGAGCGUGGGCCCCCCCUCCAGCAGCCACUGGCACCACCGCCCCCCCCACGUCGCCCCGCUUCCCGUGACUUCUGGGGGCCCAGGGGCCAGGGAGUUAAGUGCCGGGGCUGCGGGCGCUGGUGCGGGGCCCCAGUUGCAGCUCUGCAGGGAGAGGGCCUCCUGUGUGCCUCCUGCAGGCCCGAGGCCCCGCAGGACUACCCCAAGCCCUGCCCCCGGCCCCCAAACGGUCCAGAGAAGCCCCCCAUCGCCCCUCGGCCAUAUCUGGGCAAGUCGGCCAGCGCCGUCCCCUCGGUCAACUGCAUGGGGGCCGGCAUCCUGCGGUGCGGCUUCUGCAACAAACCCGGCGCCUCCCACACGUGCAUCAGCUGCUCCAAGGUGUCAUGCGGCACCUGCGUUAGUCUUUACGCCAAGGACGCCUGCGGCCGCAGGAACCCGCAGCACAGCUUCGCCUCGCACCAGCAGCUGGGCUGCCGCCCUGGUGUCCUCUCACACCUGGUGUACCGCUGACAACCCCGGCGGGCCCGUCCGCUAAACGCUGCCUGUGUUUACCGUAAGGGCUCGGGUCGGUUCGGAUGGAUUCUGUUACGGGUGCUGUCGUCAGUGUCUGGAUGUUCCCGACAGAGGUGGACCUGGGGCAGGCUCGGAAACUGUUUUCUGAAUUGGCUGGCUGGGUGGGUGGUUUGGGUCAGACCAGCCCAGUGUUUGGGACGGGGGGGGGGUGUUUAAAGAGGUUGCAGUUGGCUCUUGGACCCGCUUGUGCUUUUUACUUAAAUGGAGAUGACUUCCCCAAUUCCCAAGUGUCCAAGAUUACGUGCCAUGUAUGGUUAUGUCAGGAUAGUGCGCGGCUCAGGGAUCUGCCACAUCGUGCAGGACACGGGCAGUGAGACGCCUGGGCCCUCGGUGCCCAUGACAUGAUGGCAGGUUGGACAGGGGCUUCCGAUUCAAAAUGUCUGCGUCCCGUUGAGAAUUCCCUUCCCCCCUGAAUCGUCGUGCCGCCGUCCCUGCCAUGGGGAGGGAGUUGCAAUUGCGGAGUCAAACCAACAAACCCCCUCCCCUUGGCUCCUCCUUUGUUCCUGUGGCCGAUCGCUCUGUGGGAGGUUUUCCCCCCCCCCCCAUCCCACCGCAGUCCCUUUGCUUCCCGCCUUUGUAUUUGGGAAUUUGGAAUCGGCCCCAGACACCAGAGCUUGGCGUACUGAGCCAUUGUUCAUGCUGGGGGGGGGGGGGGGGGGGGGCACCUUCAUUCUGAAGGGAACAAAUCCCUAAAUGAAAUG